UGAAAGCAGUCGGUCUUUUGUUAUUCAUUUUCAAAUCGUCAUCCGAAGUAGGCGCUUCAACAUAAAGUGAGUGAAAUUAAUAUAAAUCCAAUCGGAAUGGAACUGGCUGGCAAGAAUGUUAUCUACAUUGGCGGAUACGGAGGUAUAGGCGAAAAGUGUGUUGAGGCUUUUUUGAAAAAGUCCGUAAAAAGUCUGCUCAUCUUCGACUUGCAGUCGAACGAUGAGUAUCUGGGCUAUUUACAAAACACCUAUAAAAAAUCAUUCGUCGAUUACAUCGCUCUGGACUUGAGGAAGAGCGAGAGCAUAAAAGACGCCUUUCAGAGGGCUAAACAGCUGAUUGAUAACAUCGAUGUGGUGGUGAAUGGUUCGGGCGUUGCAAACGAAAACAACAUUGACCAAUUGGUGCAAAUUAAUUUGGCUGGUCUCAUGCAUAGCUCUCUGAUAGCCAUGGACUACAUGAGUAAGGCGAAUGGUGGUCAUGGUGGCUGCAUUGUAAACAUUUCGUCCACAACAGGUCUAAAUCCCAUUGACCUAUGUUGUGUUUAUGGAGCGACAAAGAGUGGCGUAAUACAUUUCACCAAUUCUCUGGCGAAACCCAUUUAUUUCGAUAAGACUGGCGUUAGUUGUAUUACCAUCUGUCCAGGCGUAACAUUAACACCGAUUCUGAAGGAUGUCACAACCAAGUGCAUUUCGGGGAAAUACCUUCCCAACCUUGACAGCAUUUUGGAUUCGGCAGUGCACCAAACUCCUGCCGUAUUUGCCGAAAAUCUAAUGAAAGUCAUAGAGACAGCUUCGAACGGCUCAACUUGGGUAUUGGAUGAUGGUAAAAUUGACGAAGUGCACUUGCCACAAAUAUGGGGUCCAGCGCUGAGAUAUAAAUCACAAAAUUAAAUAAUGGCAUUUUGUUCAAAUCAAAAAAAAAAAAAAUAA